AUAAAGUUAGAUGACAGACAAGUGGAUGUGUCCAGAAAGCGCUAUCUGCCUGAAUUAGAUGAGGCAGAUUUAGAAGGCAACAAGAAGAUUAAGCUGGAGGACAUGAGGUCCACUGUGACAGAAUCCAUGGCUGAUCCAGUCAGUGAUGAUGAUAGUGAUGAUGAAGAUGUCAAUCCCGACAAUCCUGUGACUGCAUCCUUCAUGAUGGCCAAUUUCUUGCACAGUCUCAAAACCAAUGAGUUUGACAGAAAGAGAGAGAAAGCCCUGAGAAAAGAAAGGAGGGAUGCAGAGGAGGCUAAGAGUAAGGAAGAGCUGGAGAGGGAGAAAGACAAGGCCAGCCAUGUGAUCAGUAUUUUGGAUUUCAUAGGCAAUGAAAGUGCUAGGAAAUUUGGCCUGCCAAGUGUUUCGGUGAAGGAGAAUAAACCCAGGGAGUACCGUGGCCCAGUACAUCGGAACAAUGGUGGGGGGGAUGGGGGUGACAGGCUCAGUUACUGGGACAGGAAACAGAAUAAUUGGUCAUCAAGAUGGAAAGCUACAGAGGAAGGCGAUGCCGUCAUGAAUGACGGUGUCUCAACAAAUAGACCAUUUGACAAAAGGCGGUUGUCUGGUCAGCAAGACUACAAACAGAGACCAAGGUCAGGGUCACAGGACAGCAGAGCAUUUAGUCAGCGGUCAGGAUCACAUGACAGUCGGUUGUCCAAGUCAAGACAUCGCAGGGAUUCAGCCAGAGACAGGAGUGGCAAGGAGAAA